GUUGUGGACCCUCGCUCGCUUCUCCGAAGGCCUGAGGAAGCUGCGACACAUCCUCCGGGGUUGUGGCCUGCACUUGCCGCGGGAGGGAGUCGGAAGGUGGAUGACAGGGAACCCCCCGAACCGAGAAAUGGACUCAGUGACCUUUGAGGAUGUGGCUGUGAACUUCACCCUGGAGGAGUGGGCUUUACUGGAUCCUUCACAGAAGAAACUCUAUAGAGAUGUGAUGAAGGAAACCUUCAGGAACCUGGCCUCCAUAGGUCUGCAUUUAGGAGAAAACUGGGAAGAUCAUAACACUGAAUAUCAGUACAAAACCCAGGAGAGAAAACUACGAAGUCAUAUGGUAGAAAAAUUCCAUGAAAGUAAAGAAGGUAAUCAGUGUGGAGAAACCAUCAGCCAGAUUCCAAAUCUUAAUCUGAACAAGAGAACUACUUCUGGUGUAAAAUCAUUUAAAUGUAGUGUAUGUGGAAAAGUCUUCGUGCGUCAUUCAUCCCUUAAUAGACAUAUCAGAUCUCACACUGGACACAAACCUUAUGAGUAUCACGAAUAUGAAGAUAAGCCAUAUAAAUGUAAGGAAUGUGGGAAAGCCUUCAGUUACCACAAAUCUGUUCACAGACAUGAAAGGACUCACACUGGAGAGAAACCUUAUGAAUGUAAGGAAUGUGGGAAAGCCUUCACAUGGCUCACAACCUUUCGAAGACAUAUGAUAACACACACUGGAGAUGCUCCUUAUAAAUGUAAUGAAUGUGGGAAAGCCUUUAGUUGUUCCACUUCAUUUCGAGCACAUGAAAGAACUCACACUGGAGAGAAACCCUAUGAAUGUAAACAGUGUGGUAAAUCCCUGAGAUCGCCUCUAGGUUUGCGAAUACAUGAACGAAAUCACACUGGAGAAAAACCCUAUGAAUGUAAGCAGUGUGGUAAAGCCCUCAGUUGUCCCAGUUCUUUUCGAAGACAUGAAAGGACUCACACUGCAGAGAAACAAUAUGAAUGUAGACAGUGUGACAAAACCUUCAGUUCUCCUCUAGGUUUACGAAUACAUGAAAGAAUUCACACUGGAGAGAAACCCUAUGAAUGUAAGGAAUGUGGUAAAGCCUUCAUUUCUCUCUCAAGCAUUCGAACACACAUGAUAACACACACAGGAGAAGGACCUUAUAAAUGUAAGGAAUGUGGGAAAGCAUUCAUUUGUCCCAGUUCUUUUCGAUCACAUGAAAGGACUCACACUGGAGAAAAACCAUAUGAAUGUAAACAGUGUGGUAAAACCUUCAGUUGGCCCAGUUCCUUCCGAAUACAUGAAAGAACACACACUGGAGAGAAACCCUAUGAAUGUACAGAAUGUGGGAAAACUUUCAUUUAUCGCACAACCUUUCAAGGACACAUGAGAAAGCACACUGGAGAGAAACCUUAUAAAUGUAAAGAAUGUGGGAAAGCCUUCAUUUCUUCCUCAAGUGUUCGAACACACAUGAUAAUGCAUACUGGAGAUGGACCUUAUAAAUGUAAGGAAUGUGGGAAAGCCUUCAAUUUUCCCAGUUCAUUUAGAAUACAUCAAAGGACUCACACUGGAGAGAAGCCCUAUGAAUGUAAACAGUGUGGUAGAGCCUUCAGUUGUUACACAUCAUUUCGAACACAUGAAAAUACUCAUACUGGAGAGAAACCCUAUGAAUGUAAAGAAUGUGGAAAAGCCUUCAUUUAUCGUACUACCUAUCGAGGUCAUGUGAGAAUGCACACUGGCGAGAAACCAUACAAAUGUAAAAUAUGUGGGAAAGCUUUUAGUCGUCCCAGUUCCUUUAGAAGGCAUGAAAGAUCUCAUACUAAAUAAAAACCUCUUGAGUGUAAGCAGUGUGGACAAAGACAUCAGCUGGCCUUCAUUCUUACAUGUGAAAGCCCCCUGGAAUGAAACCCUGUAAAUAUAAGUAAUAUGAGAAAGUCUGAUACAAAUUAAUCCAUAUAUAAUGUUCCAGAAAACUAUAAUAUGAAAGAAUUAUUAUAAAAAUUAUAAAUAUAUUGUCUUUAUCAGUGCAUUUUUAAAGUGGACUUCUGAACUGUGGAUAUUUACUACUUCCAAAAAUGAACAUUGAGGCAAUACUCUUCAAGCAAUACUAGAUAAGAUUAAUGGGUAUUUUCUCCUUAAAUAAGUUAACAUUUUUCUCUCUUCAUUUUGGAGACUGUUUGAUCUAUAGGUAAACAGAAGUGUAUUUCUAAUAUACAGGUAGGUUUAAUUUUUAUGAUCCUAUUGUUUUAUAAAUAAGAAGCUAUUGAUAAAUGAUAUUUUGGUAUUUGUUGGGAUUUUCCUACUGUCCACCUGUGCCAAGUACUGGAUAUCCCGUACCCAUUAUAUAUUCCAUCUUUCUUAUGAGAAAACCUACUCUCUUGUUUUGGCCAGAAGACCCUUAUUCCAUUUUAUUCCAUUUUCCUUGCUAAUAAAAGAUGACUUAAAUUUGUAAAUAUUGCAGUUUAUUAUAGAGUAUAGUCUCAUGUGAAUGACAGUUGACCCUUGAACAAUGCAGGUGUUAGGGGUGCUGACCUCCCAUACAGUUGAAAAUCUGAGUAUGACUGCAGUCAGCCCUCUACAUACACAGAUUCCCAGCCACGGAGUUGAUGUUUGGACUGUGUAAGUCAAUAGAAAAAAAUCCAUGAAUAAGUGGAUCUGCACAGUUCAAACCCAUAUU